UUCCCGGUCUCCCCCUCCUUCGCAGUCAGCUGAGAGCAAAGCCACGGCGAGGGCGAGAGGAUUUUUACAAACCGGAGAGCAGCAGGAAAAGGGGGAGACACCCCCCCCACACACACCCCCGCAAAGGCACCAGGGCAGCAUGGCACCCCUUGGGCUCAAGGCUGUGGUUGGAGAAAAGAUCAUGCAUGAUGUCAUCAGGAAGGUGAAGAAGAAGGGCGAGUGGAAGGUGCUGGUGGUGGAUCAGCUCAGCAUGCGCAUGCUCUCUUCCUGCUGUAAAAUGACCGACAUCAUGACGGAGGGGAUAACAAUUGUGGAAGACAUCAACAAGCGCCGAGAGCCGCUCCCCACCUUGGAGGCCGUGUACCUCAUCACCCCAUCUGAUAAGUCUGUCCAUUCACUCAUCAAUGACUUCAAGGAUCCCCCUACUGCCAAGUACAGGGCUGCCCAUGUCUUCUUCACUGACUCCUGCCCCGAUGCCCUGUUUAACGAACUGGUGAAAUCUCGUGCGGCCAAAGUCAUCAAGACCCUGACGGAAAUCAACAUAGCUUUCCUUCCCUACGAGUCCCAGGUUUACUCCUUGGAUUCUGCUGACUCUUUCCAAAGCUUCUACAGUCCCCACAAGACCCAGUUGAAGAACCCAAUGCUGGAACGCCUGGCAGAACAGAUUGCCACCCUGUGUGCCACCCUGAAGGAAUAUCCUGCUGUCCGAUACCGAGGAGAUUACAAAGACAAUGCCAUGCUGGCCCAGCUAAUCCAGGACAAACUGGACGCCUACAAGGCUGACGAUCCGACCAUGGGCGAGGGUCCGGACAAAGCUCGCUCCCAGCUCCUCAUUUUGGACCGGGGCUUUGACCCCUCAUCUCCUGUGCUGCAUGAACUGACUUUCCAGGCUAUGAGUUACGACCUGCUGCCCAUCGAAAAUGAUGUCUACAAGUAUGAAACAAGCGGCAUUGGAGAGGCCCGCGUGAAGGAGGUUCUCCUGGAUGAGGACGACGACCUCUGGAUCACCUUGCGCCACAAGCACAUUGCCGAGGUGUCCCAGGAGGUCACCCGCUCUCUAAAGGAAUUUUCUUCCAGCAAGAGGAUGAACACAGGCGAGAAGACCACUAUGAGGGACCUGUCCCAGAUGCUGAAGAAGAUGCCGCAGUACCAGAAAGAACUCAGCAAGUACUCGACUCACCUGCACCUGGCUGAGGACUGCAUGAAACACUACCAAGGCACCGUGGAUAAGCUCUGCCGCGUUGAACAGGACCUGGCUAUGGGCACGGAUGCCGAAGGGGAGAAGAUCAAGGACCCCAUGAGGGCCAUUGUCCCAAUCCUGCUGGAUGCGAACGUCAGCACCUACGACAAGAUCCGCAUCAUCCUGCUCUACAUCUUCCUGAAGAACGGGAUCACCGAGGAAAACCUGAACAAACUGAUCCAGCACGCUCAAAUCCCACCGGAGGACAGCGAGAUCAUCACCAACAUGGCCCACCUCGGCAUGCCCAUCAUCACAGAUUCUACCUUGCGUCGCAGGAGCAAGCCGGAGCGGAAGGAGCGGAUCAGUGAGCAGACCUACCAGCUCUCACGAUGGACCCCGGUUGUGAAGGACAUCAUGGAGGACACUAUUGAGGACAAACUGGACACCAAGCACUAUCCCUAUAUCUCCACCCGCUCCUCGGCCUCCUUCAGUACCACUGCAGUCAGUGCCCGCUAUGGACACUGGCACAAGAACAAGGCCCCCGGUGAGUACAGGGCUGGCCCUCGCCUCAUCAUCUUCAUCCUGGGGGGCGUGAGCCUGAGCGAGAUGCGCUGCGCCUAUGAGGUGACGCAAGCCAGCGGGAAGUGGGAGGUGCUAAUAGGGUCCACUCACAUCCUCACCCCGCAGAAACUGCUGGACACGCUGAAGAAACUAAAUAAAACAGACGAAGAAACCAGCAGUUAAAACAAAACAAGGUGAACGAAACGACGACGACUCCACCUUCCUGGCUUAUGGCAGUCCUCCCAUUGGCUGUCCCGCUAAACGUUACUUUGCUGACCCAUGGCUCCAUCUCCCAGCCCCAACCCCGCGCUUUCUCCCUGUUCUUGUUUCUAGAAACCUGCCCAUCCCCCACUUGCUCCUCAUUUUAAGCAAAAGUGUUUGGGGGGGGGGGGGCAGGGAAGCAGAAACAAAAUGCAUUGUGUUAAAAAAAAAAACCCGAAAAGCAAAAAUAUUUAUUCUCUAUGUAUGUAGCCCAAAACCCCAAACCAAACGCAUUUUCAAAUAACCCAUUUAUGCAUCGCUAGAGAAGAAUUUUCCAAGCAUUUUUCCAGGCUGGAUGGAUUCACAUGAAUUACUUACAGCUAUGUGAUCUUGUACCUAACCCAGAUGCAAACACAACUGCUCCAUGUAGGAAUUUGCUCAAAUAUGGACUUGGUAGAGUUCUUUCCGUUACUGCUGUCAUUGGGGGGUUUUCUCAGCUUUUUUCGGGGGGGAGGAGGGGUGUAUGUGAUUCUUAAAGGUGUAGUUAUUUUGUGUUUCAUGGAGGAAUAUGUUAAAUUGGGGGUUACCCAUGAUUCCAGCAAACCUGUCCCCAAAUCUUCUGAGGCAUCCUCUGCUGACAGAUGUUGACCAGCCCUCCCCUCUCCCCCAGCAAGAUUCAGGUGAGCACAUCUGGACAGAUCAAUCAGAUUGCUGCUGGAGGGGUGACCUUUCGCUUUGCAUAUGUAGGCGGGGCUUCUGAGAACAGCCAAUCAGGACUUUGUUUGGGAGGUGGGGGGGGGGGGUAGAUGUGCACUGACCAAUCAGCUCGUUGGUCUAUCUCGCUGAAGGUGGCCAAUGCUUGAUGUUUCAGAGGAAGGGGCAAAAGCCAAACAGUGCAACGCGCUAAUUGCGAGCAAGUCGGGGGCAGAGCUGGGGGAAACGGCUGAGCUCCGUUCAAUGAUUGGCCGGUUGUGACCAAAACCAGCCCCCCCGCUUUAAAUUGGGAUCCUAGAGCUAUUUUGCAGGCAGAAAGAAGGGAUAUUUUAGCACUACCUCUCACCACAAAUUAUCGCCCACUAGCGGCGGAGCCCAAACCUGCAGGUGCCCAGACAUCCUUGUUAUACUAUACUGCUGCCCGUCCACAUCCUUUCUCCAAUGGUUUAACUCUUUUCAUACCCAGCCUCAGUUUGGCAUAUUCCUUAAAGAAAAAAAAAAUAUAUAUAUAUAUAGGGACAUAUUUUUUUUAAAUGUGUGGGGGUCAAAAAAAAUCUCUCUUUGCUUGCAAAAAAAUUAAUGAAACCAAGGCCGUUUAUAUCUCUGCAUUGAACUUAAGUUUAAAAAAAAAAAAAGAAUAAUAAAGUAAGCUAGAGGCUGUCACCUCCUCGGUUUCCUCUUGAGAUCCCUUCCGCGCUGGCCCUAGUAGUGCCUCCCCCGUUCGUUUCUGCUGUUGUCGUCCAGUAGUGAAAUGUUCAUGACUGUGGAAAUCGCCCAAACUCUCCCAACCCGGCCUCCCCAUGUCCCUCUUUCACAGCGGACUGCGUGUAUAUUAGUUACGGUGUCUUGUGAUGUUCUUACAAGCUUGGCGUAUAGUGGUUAAACUAGACCUUGUUACUUUUCUUUAACUUAUUUCCUCUUCCUUCUCCCACCACCACUGCAUUGCGAUAGUUUAGGGGUCCUUUCCCCCCCCCCGCAAGGACUUGAACUCCACUCCCUCCUCCCACCCCGCCCUUCCCAAAUAGAUCUCUCGGUUUCAUAGGUGUUUCAAUUUUUUCCUUGUCAUCGCCCCUGUUCCUGGCCCAGAACAUUAGAUAAGGGCAAAGUCUGUAAACAUUUGCACUGAUAUUUGUUAGUUAUUCCUUGCCCUUUCCCCUCCUUUUACAUUUUUUUUUUAAAUUAGCGUUGUACCUGAUUCAGGAUCUUGUCUGUUGGACAUUUAUUGCUUUUUUCUGUUACAGUUAUUUAUAUAAACAAAUAAUUUAUCAAAAAGGAAACAUUUUAAAAGCAUCUCGUCUUGGAACUUGUUUACCUAGAAACUUACUGGAAUCUAAGUGUUUGAAAAGUGUUGAAGCACAAACAUAUAUCAUCUCUGUAUAUCUGUUCUUCUGUACGAAAGCACUCAAGUCAAUAAAUAAAUACGCUCCCAUACAUGGUGCAAAAGGC